UGCAGCCUAAAAUGACUUGGGUAUAAAUGCCAGAGAAUGGCCUCCAAAGUAACAGAUGCUAUCGUCUGGUAUCAGAAAAAGAUUGGGGCUUAUGAUCAGCAAAUAUGGGAAAAAUCUGUUGAACAGAGAGAAAUCAAGUUUAUUAAAUUGGGUUUGAGGAACAAGCCAAAGAAAACUGGGCAUGUGAAGCCUGAUCUCAUUGACGUGGAUCUAGUAAGAGGGUCGGCCUUUGCAAAAGCAAAACCAGAAAGUCCCUGGACCUCCCUGACUCGAAAGGGAAUUGUUAGAGUUGUUUUUUUUCCCUUCUUCUUCAACUGGUGGCUACAAGUGACAUCAAAAGUUAUAUUUUUGUGGCUUCUUUUCCUUUAUCUUCUCCAAGUGGCUGCCAUCAUACUCUUCUUCACGAUACAAAGCCCGCACAACAUACCUCUGACGGAAGUCAUCGGCCCGGCAUGGCUCAUGCUGCUCCUUGGAACGGUGCACUGCCAGAUUGUCUCCACAAGGACCCCCAAAUCCUCCACAAACACCGGCGGGAGAAGGAGGAGGAAAUUAAGGAAAGCAGCACACUUGGAAGUGCAUCGCGAAGGGGAUGGCUCUAGCACGACCGAUAACACCCAGGAAGGAUCUGUCCAGAGUUACGGCACCACCACCUCUUCUAGUCUUGGCGCUGUCUUCAAGGAACUGUGGCACGCUACUUUCUUUUUAUCAGGAGCAAAGAAAGCAAAGAACUCCAUAGACAAAUCCACUGAAACCGACAACGGGUAUGUUUCUCUCGAUGGAAAAAGGACAGGUAGAAACAACGAAGAUGCUUUGCAAUCCCAUGAGCCCCUGCCUGAGGCCAUCCGAGCGGAAGAACCCGGCUGGAAUAUCGGAACUGCCCGAAGUACAUACAACACUCCGAAUCACAAGGACGGUCACCGAACAAUGACAAAUAUAUCGGACGAAGUUUCUAGUGAAGAGGGGCCGGAAGCCAGCUACCCUUUACGACGGAAUGCCGAACGCCCUUCCAGCGAUUGUGCGUUUCGAAAUAAGAAAUCUCACCAUUAUAAGAAACAUUACCCCGUAGAGGAUGUCCCCAAAUCAGGCACCAGUUGCAGCUCAAGGUGUUCAAGUUCCAGACAAGAUUCAGAAAGCACCAGGCCAGAAUCGGAGACGGAAGACGUCCUGUGGGAGGAUUUUUUGCACUGUGCCGAAUGCCGCUCAUCCUGUACCAGCGAGACCGACGCAGAGAAUUCACAGGUCAACUCUUGCAUGAAGAAGGAAUACAGAGACGAUCCCUUCCAUCCGGGUCAUUUGCCCUGGUUCCAUAGCUCGAACCCUGGGUUGGAGAAAGUCAGCGCCAUUGUGUGGGAAGGCAACGACUGCAAAAAGGCAGAUAUGUCCGUGCUUGAGAUCAGUGGCAUGAUCAUGAACAGGGUGAACAGCUACGUUCCAGGAAUCGGAUACCAGGUUUUUGGCAAUGUGGUCUCCUUAAUCCUGGGAUUAACGCCGUUUGUAUUUAGACUUUCCCAAGAAAAAGACCUGGAACAUCUAGCCACGCAUACGGCUACCGAACUCUAUGCUAUUGCUUUCGGGUCCAAUGGAAACAUCAUGGUGAUAGCCAUGGUUAUUGUGUGCUUUGUAGUUCGUGUUUCCCUGGUGUGGAUAUUUUUCUUCCUUUUAUGUGUGGCUGAGAGGACUUACAAGCAGAGAUUGCUUUUUGCCAAACUUUUUGGUCAUUUAACGUCUGCCAGGAGAGCUCAGAAGUCAGAAGUACCUCAUUUCCGGCUAAAAAAAGUCCAGAAUAUUAAAAUCUGGCUUUCCCUUCGCUCCUACCUAAAGAGACGAGGUCCUCAGCGUUCAGUGGACGUCAUAGUUUCCUCUGCUUUCUUGUUGACUAUUUCUGUGGUGUUUAUCUGCUGCGCACAGCUGCUUCACGUCCAUGCAGUCUUCCUUGACUGCCAUUAUAAUUGGGAACUUGUCAUAUGGUGCAUUUCCUUAACCCUUUUCCUUUUGAGAUUUGUGACACUCGGAUCCGAAACAAGCAAGAAAUACAGCAAUACAUCAAUAUUGCUUACUGAACAGAUAAACUUGUACUUGAAAAUGGAAAAGAAGCCGAACAAGAAAGAAGAACUAACAUUGGUCAACAAUGUUUUAAAACUCGCGACGAAAUUAUUGAAGGAAUUGGACAAUCCCUUCAGAUUAUAUGGAUUGACAAUGAAUCCUUUGCUCUACAAUAUAACACAAGUUGUUAUUCUGUCUGCUGUUUCGGGUGUAAUCAGCGACUUGCUCGGGUUUAACCUAAAGCUUUGGAAGAUCAAAUCCUGACCCUCUUCCAAGAUGGGAUGCCCACGUUGUGCUGAAGCAGACAACUGACAAAAACUGAACUGCCUCCGCGCAAUGGCUGGAUUUGCAAUUUCUUUACGGACAUCUUCGGAGGGAGAGAAGAAGAAGAAGAAAAAAAAAUACAAAACCCCGAAGUGUUUACAACUGGCAAUCUAGUGCAAUCUGAAUAUUUAUUUUACCUUUUCGGGUUUGUUUGUUUUUUUUAGUAAACUUUUGUUUUAGUUGACAGUGUGUUUGGUUCUGGAUCUUCAACGGGCUUUGGUUACCAAAAAGGUCAAUAUUGUGAAAGAAUGAAAGCCCCCUUUUAAGCUCAAGAAGUUCUGGUUACAAGCCAAGUGGCGCAGAAGUCACUUUCUCGAAUAAAGUAUUACCAAGUAUUUAGAAAGUUUUAUAUACCGCCCUCGAAAAGGGGGUCAUCGGCGCACCAGCAUAUUGUUGGUUACAGUAGAAAAUUACGCUUCCUGUAACGAUAACGCAUUAUGCCGGAGAGCUCAUAGAGAGGAAUAAAAAUGUGGGAUUUUUUGGGGUGGUGGUGGAAAGCAUCGAUUCAAAAUCCAGCAACUUUCUUACUCAAGGGAUUCCAGGAUCCAUAACGGGAACUGUUGUUUCAACAUAGACCGAAUCUCAACAAGGUGUUACCGAGCAAAUCAACAAGUGCUCUUUCACGAUGUUUCCUUUUUUUUUCUUUCUUUUUUAGCCGAGCAAUAAUUGUAAACUGUUACUACACUGUAAGAUAUUUUGAUAAAAAGUAGCCGUGGUAUUUAUUUGAAAACGCGGAGCUGUUUGCCCAGCUCUCUGCCGCUAUAUGUGCACUUUUGUGUCUAUAUAUAUAUAUAUAUGGUGGGAUUCAGCCGGUUCGGACCGGUUUGAGUAAACUAGUAGUUCCGGCGAUUAGUUGGCCCCGCCCAUCCACCCCUGCCGUAGUCUGUGUCAGUAUUAUGCAGCCUAGCUGAUUUGCCCAGUACUAUGGAUUGUCGCGGCUUAGCUCUUUUACUCAUUUGGUCAGAAGGUAAAUUUUAGAGCUAAAAAUGGAUGGUUUUCAAAUGCACGCAAGCGCAAAGCCCACGCUCACCAAACCGGUUGUUACACUGGUUGAAUCCCACCACUGUAUAUGUGUGUCUGUCUGUGUGUGUGUAUGGUAUACACACACACGCACAUAUAAACUAAACAGGAUAUAUUAUGGUGCACUGUGGGGUGAUAAUCUUGCCUUCGUGAUUGGGCAACAAAACUCUGUAUAUGCUCAACCCAAACAUUGUUCCCCGCAACAGUACACCAUAGUAUAUGUGACUUAUACCACACAGAGGCUUUUAAAGUGAACUUAAUAAGGUGUAUGUUUUUAAAUUAUAGGAUGAAAUGCCGGUUUUUCCACCCUGUUCCUAACCCCUUCCCAGCGUACUUUGGAGUGAGCAUAUUUUUUAAAAAAUCAGACUGCGGAUUUUAAAAGCUCCCAAUUUGAAACUGAAAGCACGGAGAGAAAAAGAUUUUCUUCCUCCUUUUCAAAUACACCACAGACUUAAAUUUAUUUCCGGUGCAAGAAAGAGUCAUUGAACUGGGUUUGCUAAAUAAUAUAAGCAAUUGUGGAUUAUUUCAGGAACAGUGUUUCCUGACUCACGCACCCCGCCCCCCCAAAUAUUGAAUUCCUGGGGGGAAAAACAUAAUAAUCCAAAAUUCCCUAUUUUGCCUCUGGAGGAAGUUACAGUACACUGAACUUCCCAGCGUACUUUGGGAGGGAGCAAUAUUUAAAGAUCGGGCAGUCUUGACUGCAAAAUUAAAAGUUCCAACUGUGCAUAAAAUGUCAGGCUCAAUUUAUUGCUGGCUCAAGGUAGGGCCAUUUAACUGGGUUUCUAUAAUUUUCUAAAGCUAUGUAUAGGUUUAUAUGUAUAGACAGUAUUAGUCAGUUUUGACUUUAGUGGUAAUAUUAGUAACUAGUGGUUAAUUAUGCAGAGAAUAGAGGUGAUACCUAUAAUUGAGUUACCUUGAUGUGCACAGCUCUGAUCUAUUUGGAGGGGGGUGGUAGAGAAAAUGUUAGUUGUGUGCCCGCUGACACCUCUGGGUUUCUGUGGUUCAGUUGAGAGGUCAACACUCUGCACAACAUAGUUGUUUAUGACAAGUUGCCACUCCAUUAGGUGAGUUCAAAGGCUGUAUUUGCUGGAGGGCAGCUUGGGUGAAAUUCAUGGCCUUUGCAUAAAAGUCCAUCAGUGUCAGGCAGCAGCUAUACCAAAUUUGAAUCAAUAAAACAUUAAAUUAUCUAGUUUACAGGUUAAAUCGAUUGUUUAUUUGGAGCAAAAGGAUCUGUUGAUUAAAAAGAGAGAGAAAAAUGGCUGAGAACAAAGUUUUUGAGAAAGUUGGCGUACAUUAUCAAAUUGUAAUCAAGUAGGGAAAAAGAUCCUGUUAGAUUAGGUUGAAUAGCUCUGGAAGAUCCUGCAUUUCUCAGCUGAUCCCUUAGAGUUUAAGUGUUUUAAAACGUAGUUAUUGUUAAAUGUGAGUAAGAGAAAAUAAUGGAGCUGAGCACAAAGAAUAUGUAGACAGUCACUUUCCUCUGCAGAAUUAUUACAAUUGAUCUUGUGUGGUAUAAGGUAUUUUUAUAUAUAAUGUAAUGCAGACAUUUUGCAUUUUAUUGGUUGCUGUACUAAUGACCAAAGUACUUUCUGUUGUAUUAUUGUUUGUUCACCCUUUCCCCCACCCUCAAAAGAAUGAGUUACUAGAGCUUUAACAACAUGCAAUGUGUAAUUUAUCAUGUCAAAUUGUGACACACACAUGACCUGUUCUUCAUUUGUGUUGUCUGAUGUUUCAGGUUAUGUUUAGUAAUUAAGUCUAUUUUAUAUAUGUUUUUCUCUCUCUCCAAAAUACGGUACAGGCCUACGUAAAAAGCUAAAUUUUACAAAGAAUAUAUUUUAAGAAGAAAAACAAAGCAAAACUAAAGAACAGUAUGAAUUUGAGGAUGAGUUUGCGUAGCAAUCAGAAAUCAUUUUUCCAUUCUGCCUUACCAUUUUUUUAAAAAAAGAAGAAAAAAACAAUAGAUGUUUUCAUAAGGAGGCGUUUUGGGUUUUCUGUUUUUAAUAAUACUGAGUACGAUCUCAUUUGAAGGCAGCGGUUUUGAGUUUUGAGCAGAAAUUUGAUAGUGAGCAUACCAUACCUCUGCAACUUACUGGUAUGCUGGAUUGUUGCACUAAUUAUGGCUAGCAUUGGCAGACUUUUAAGCAUGAGAGCUAGCAGGUAGGAAAUGUGUACCUCAGAAUAAUGACAGGUUUAAAUUGUGCCAUUGGUCUAUCAAACCUACAUUUGAGAAGCUAAGCAUACCUUAAACAUCCCUUUAGUUGAGGGACAGCAGUAAAGAGAAUGUGACAAAUGUUUAAUUGUUGACUUAUGUUUGUAACUGGCAAUGUGCGGAAGCUUGGAAUAAAAUCUGAGGCUGAUGGUAUAAA